AUGUCAUUCGGCAGUACUUACAUGUCAUUCGGUGGUGUUAAAAUGUCAUUCAGCGGUUCAAGCUUGUCAUUUAGCGCUGCUAAAUUCUUAUCCGGUGGUGCUUACUUCUCAUUCGGAAUUGCUAACUUCUCAUCCGGUGAUGCUACCUUGUCAUUCGGCGGUGAUAACUUGCCUUUCGGUGGUGAUAACUUGACACUCGGCGGUGUAAACUUGUCAUUCGGCGUUACUAUCUGGUCAUUCGGCGGUGCUAACUUGUCAUUCGGUAGUACUAACUUGUCAUUCAGUGGUGUUAACUUGUCACUUGGCGGUGAUACCUUGUCAUUCGGUGGUGCUGACUUGUCUUUCCGCGGUGCCAACUUGUCAAUUUACAGUGCUAACUUGUCAUUCUGCGGUGCUAACUUGUCAUUCGGCCAUGCUAAAGUGUCAUUCAGCAGUGCUAACAUGUCAUUUAGCGGUGCUAACGUGUCAUUCGGCGGUGCUAGCUUGUCAUUCGGCAUUGCUAACUUGUCACUUGACGGUGAUAACUUGUCAUUCGGCGGUGCUGACUUGUCUUUCCGCGGUGCUUACUACUCAUUUGGCGGAGCCAACAUGUCAAUUUGCAGUGCUAACUUGUCAUUCUGCGGUGCUAACUUGUCAUUCGGGGGUGCUAACUUGUCAUUUGGCGGUUCUAACUUGUCAUCUUGCAGUGCUAACUUGUCACUCAGUGGUACUAACUUGUCAUUUGGCAGUGCUAACUUGUCCUUCGGCAGUGCUAACUUGUCAUUCGGCGGUGCUGACUUGUCAUUUGGAGGUGCAAACUUGUCAUUCGGAGAUGCUAGCUUCUCAUUCGGCAAUGCAAAUUUGUCAUUCGGCGGUUGUUACUUGUCAUUCGACUGUGUUGACUUGUCAUUCUGCAAUGCUUACUUGUCAUUCGGCGGAGCUAACUUGUCAUUCGGCGGAGCUAAUUUGUCAUGCGGCGGUGCUAACUUGUCAUUCGACAGUGCUAACAUGUCAUUCGGCGGUUUUAACUUGUCAUUUUGCAGUGCUUACUUAUCAUUUAACGGUGCUAACUUGUCAUUCGGAGUGGCUUACUUGUCCUUUGGCGAUGCUAACUUGUCAUUUGGUAGAGCUAACUUGUCAUUCGGCGUUGCAGACUUAUCAUUUGGCGGUGCUAACUUGUUACUCGGCGGUGCUAACUUGUUAUUUGGCAAUGCUAACUUGUCACUCGGCGGUAUUAACUUGUCAUUUGACAGUGCUAACGUGUCAUUCGGCAGUGCUAACUUGACAUUCGGCGGUGCAAACUUGUCAUUCGGAGGUGAUAGCUUCUCAUUCGGUGCUAACUUGUCAUUUGGCGGUUCUAACUUGUCAUCUUGCAGUGCUAACUUGUCACUCAGUGGUACUAACUUGUCAUUUGGCAGUGCUAACUUGUCCUUCGGCAGUGCUAACUUGUCAUUCGGCGGUGCUGACUUGUCAUUUGGAGGUGCAAACUUGUCAUUCGGAGAUGCUAGCUUCUCAUUCGGCAAUGCAAAUUUGUCAUUCGGCGGUUGUUACUUGUCAUUCGACUGUGUUGACUUGUCAUUCUGCAAUGCUUACUUGUCAUUCGGCGGAGCUAACUUGUCAUUCGGCGGAGCUAAUUUGUCAUGCGGCGGUGCUAACUUGUCAUUCGACAGUGCUAACAUGUCAUUCGGCGGUUUUAACUUGUCAUUUUGCAGUGCUUACUUAUCAUUUAACGGUGCUAACUUGUCAUUCGGAGUGGCUUACUUGUCCUUUGGCGAUGCUAACUUGUCAUUUGGUAGAGCUAACUUUCAUUCGGCGUUGAACUUAUCAUUGGCGGGCUAA